ACCUUGCAGGUGACGCGAGCGCGAGAGGUUGACGGGGACGAGGAUAGGGAGGUGGAGGUAGAUGAGGUCACGCCCCUCGUUAUGUCCUCCCGCAAUCUUGCACUGUCCAACGCGAACGGCCGCCACGCCCGGUCGCGCACGCACACACAUUCCCGCGUUCGACGCCCCCAGGCGUUGACCACCGAGCCGAAUAGUCCGGGAGAUGAGACCUUCAAGGGCGGGCACCAUCGGCACGAACAGCGCGGGUCUCAUGCGGCAGAGGGGCUGGUUUGGGCUCGGUGGGGACGACGCAGGUUCAGGAUCAAGCUCCAGUGACUGCAGGGUUGCAACUGGAAAUGGGAAGGGUAGGAAGGGCCACGCAUCGUCCGGCGCGAGCGUUAUGCGGGAGCAUGAGCGUCAGCGUGCGCACGGGCAUGGACUGGACCAUGUGCAUGCUCACGGGCACUUGCAUAUCGACAUAGAAUCGUGGGGCGGGGACCGGGGCAUUCAUGAGCAUGAGAAUGGGGGCGAAGAGGCUGACAGCGGGCAUGGAGGCAAGGACGCGGCUCAGAGACAGGUCGGACGGCGGAGGCAGGUGGUCGGCGUCUUGAUGCGCGAGAUGGGCAUCAUGCUGCACUCGCUCGUCAUCGGGUUCACACUCGCGAUCACCUCGGGCCCCGAAUCCACCCUCGCUCAACGUCUCUGGUCACUGCGAUCAUGUUCCACCAGCUAUUUGAAGGCCUGUCGUUCGGAAUCCGGAUCGCGACGCUACCCGCGGAGGAUCAGAAGCAACAUGAGCAAACGCGCUGGCGAGAACGGGUUGCUCAAGCCUGUGCUCGCACUUAUGUUCGCGGUGACGACGCCCGUUGGGAUCGCCAUUGGGCUGGCGGUGUUCGGGCCCGGCGAAAGCGAAGGAGUGAUCCUGCUCAUGAGCGUGAUGUCCGCGCUUUCGGCGGGGAUGCUCAUAUACGCGGCAUGCAUCGAGAUGCUUGGGGAGACUUUGUGCUCGACCCACAUUUGUUCUGCUCCAUCGUCGGCCGGUGGGCUCUCGCGCUGCGGAUGAUUUUCAUGAUCUCCUUCGUGGUAUGCGUCUGCUUUCAAGUGGCUGCGCGCUCUCGUGAAGUACCGCGUCAAUCCUAGUCUCGGUUCCUCGGUGGUACCUCUGCGGCACUGUCCAAUAGCGGGAAACCGUGGAGAGGCUCUGGCUUUCUUCGCUCUCGCACCGCUCACAGGCCUCACUCUCGGACCGAUCGUCUCUGGCUUCAUGAGCGUUCAGGGG